AGAAUAUUAUUGGGACACCAGAACCGAGCUUCUUUGUGUGGGAGUAAGUGCAGCUGUGGAUGGUAUUAUGGGAAGGAUCACAACACUGGCGUUAACACCGUAACUUGCCUCCCUGAGGUUGGUAGGUAGUUCAGCCCUACCAUUCUCUAAUAACUACUGUCUGGCCAUGGAAUGUCUAUCUGUGUGAAAUGAAUUUAGGGGUAUCUAUCAGGAGAGUGAAGCAGACAUAAGUGAGUACAAAUUAUUUUUGUAUCCUGCACUUUAUAAAGAUGAAGAAGAAAAACAGAGGACAUAGUGAGAGCCUUGAAAGCAACAAAGAGGAAUGUAUGCAGAGGGUGGAAGUUUGCCCUCAUUCUCCUUUGCUCUUUGAAGAUCAGUCUUCCCAGGACAUUGACGUUCACAAAAAGAAAUUGAAAAAAAAGAAAAUUAAGCAAGAGAAACAAGACUCUUGGCUAGAUAAUUCUUAUAUUGGUGGGAAGUGUGAAAUUAAUAAUGAAACUGUAACAAAUGCUUCCAAAAAGAAAAUGAAAAAAGAGAAACGGAAACACAGUGCUAGUGAGCAGGAGGAAAAUAAUAUACUCUGUAUCGAUGAGAAUCAAGAGAUGGACACAACUUUGGAGAGCGUUGAUUGUAUUUAUGUAAAUACAUCUGCUAAGAAGAAAAAAAGAAAAAAGAAUUUGUCAGAAGAGCAGGAUGAGGUAAACAAACUGCCUGGGUUGUAUGCAUUUGGAAAUGAUUGCAGAAGCCAAAAAAAGAGAAAACAGACCAGCCCCUGUGAUACACAAGAAGCCAGAGAUGAAACUUUUGUAUCAUCAUUUUUGUCAUAUUCGGAACAAAAUUCUACGUCCUCUCAAGAAAGGAAUGAUGAUGUUAUGAUGUCAGGGUCAUCUACUAAAAUGAGCAGCCCAAUAGUGCCCAAAAAACACCACAAAACCCAUAAACAUAGAAAAUCCUCCAAAGAAGACAAGACUGGUAUGACAAAGAUUUCUUCAGUAUUUGAUGAAAAUCCUCUGGAUGUGACUGCUGACGUUUCUAAGAUUACUUCAGAGGGUAAUAAUGGCUGUUCUGAAGAAACCAUGGUACCAGUUAGAAAUACUGAUUUCCCUUUCCAAUCACACUCUGAACAAACAACCUCAGAAGCUAAGAGAAAGUUACCAGAGUCUAUAGCAUCUGAAACUGAGGAAGACCAGGAUGUUGGAUUUACAGAAUCAGAAAACUCUAUGGUGUUGAAUAAUGAAGAGUUGCUUGAAAGUUCCGUGUAUUCAGCAAUGGAUUUGGAGACUGUCAAAAGGAAACUGGAGGAGUUUAUUCCUCAAGUGUGGACAAUGUCAGAAACAUCAGUCCUAAAGAUGGCUGGGAGAGACCUGAUCAGGUUUAAAAAGUUUAAAGAACAAGGGAUGCCUAUUAAGUUUGGCAGGUUUUCUCAGAAGGAAAAUACUCAAAUACAGAAGAAUGUUGAAGACUUUUUAUCACUUACAGAAAUAGAGAAUGCAGAGAAACUAUUAUUUACCUACCGGUACCCAGAAGAGCGAGAAGCCAUCACCAAAUUGAAAACAAAAUAUGCUUUUGGUAUGAAGAUUGCUGAGGGGAUUCCACGGCCCUGGAAACAGGUAUAUUUUCGAGCAAGAAAGAUGUUUGACCCAAACAACUAUAAAGGGAGGUAUUCUGAGGCUGAAAAAGAAAAAUUAAAGAAGUAUCAUGCUAUACAUGGCAACAACUGGAAGAAAAUUUCUGAGAUGAUGUCCCGCAGUACCCACUCGGUUGCUAUGAAGUAUUCUCAGAUUAAGUCCCAGGUUAAUUCUGGUCCUUGGAGUAAGGAGGAGACACAGAAGCUAGUUCAAGCAGUGAAGGAGACCAUUCAGAAGAGGGCUGAUCUGGAAGACAUAAAAUUAUUGCUACAGGCAGAGAACUCAGAGGGAACUCUCUCAGUUGAACGUGAAAAAUUGUACAAGAACAUAUCUUGGACCGAGAUAGAAGCUAAAGUGGGAACCAGAUAUUGGAGACAGUGUAAACAGAAAUGGAUUUCAAUUGUAACAAAGAAAAUGUCCAAUGGGCAGAAGGUAUAUGGUGGGACUAAAGGUUUACAUGCCAAAAUCGAUCUUAUUAAAAGAUUGUAUGAAAUGAAGGUGGAAGAUGCUAAUGAAGUGAACUGGGAAGAGCUCUGUGAGAUAAUUGGAGAUGUCCCUGAAGCCUAUGUUCAAGCCAAAUUUUACAAGUUAAAAGCUACCCGUGUCCCUUCUUGGCAAACAAAGACUUUUCCCGAAAUAAUCGAUUAUCUUUACGAAGAGACACUUCCAUUGCUUGAGAAAAGAUUAGAAAAAAGGCAGAAGAGGUCUCAGAGUUGUGACAGGUUGCCUUCCAGCUGUGAGAGAAAGGUUUUCCAGUUCAGCGAUAUCUUUGACAACAGUGAAGAUGAUGCUGAUGACAAUGACUGAUUAUCCUCCAAAAUGCUCCCUCUUUGCACACCCCCAAAAUGAAAAAUGGAUUUUGAUUAAACUGGGUUUAAAUCAGAAACUGAAAUAAUGGGAAGAAUGAAGACACGCAAGCCUGCUUCUAUUGUUUUGUAUUGAAAAGAGAAGUAAAUAUAGAUUAUUUUUUGCAGUAUCUUUUGUUAUUAGAGACAUUUAACUUUAUCUUCAGAUUGUUUGAGGAAGCUAAAGGUCACUGUGUAUUGGACUUGUGGAAACACUGAAAAACAAUAUUUUUUUCUUAAUACUUCACUCAUUACAACUUUACUAAAAGUCCUGGGUAAACCUGUCUGAGUGAAUUUAGAUUUUCAGCAUUCUAAUGUCAAAUUAUGAUCUUUUUAAAAAAAACUGCUUUUUUUUUUUUAGUCCAUUUGUUUUAAGUCUGUGUAAGGAGAAUUUUUUUUUAAUUUGUUGUGUUCAGUAUGUAUUUAAAAAAAUGCAACAAACUGUUUAGGUAAGUAGAGGGUACCGCCAGUCUUCAGAGAUAACAACAACUGGGGAUAAAUCCACUUGAAAUGUAAUGACUAAGAUUUUGUAGAUUCUGUCAAACAUUUUCCACCUAACUGAAACAUUGGAGUAUUAAUGAAACCAGUAUACUGUUAGCCAGACUACGGAGAAUUGAUUGCUAUCUGGCUAAUUUAAGCUGGUGAGUCAGUAACUGCACAGUUGCCCCCUUUCUCCUUCCGCUCCCCUUUGCUCUGACUGGCUAAGACGUAUCCAUUUCAGUAUAUGACCAAACUGAUUUUGAUAAUGUAAAAAUGGUCAAAUAACUGAAGUUCAUAAACACUCUAUUGAUCUGAAGAAUUUUUUUCAGAAAAGUAUACUUAAGAAUCUUUAUUAUAUAGCCCACAUUGGGCACUGUAGAAGUAUUAGAGUAAUAAAUUUUUGAAGAGUUAUGGAGCAUUUCUGGGCCUCUGGUUAAAUAGUAUAAGUUUAUAAAAUGUCCACAUUCAUAGAGGAGCCAUAGUGUGGUCUCUUAGGUACAUCAUGUGUUUUUAUUGGCCUGUGCAUUUUAUAUUUUUCUCUUUAAUCAAAAAUACUAACUUUUAUGAGUAAAAACUUUUAGGUUGUUUCCUAAGGGCUUGUCUACAGCUGAAAACUGUUCCAGAAUAAGGAAGGGUGCAAGUUUAGUUCAGAAAACUGUAUUAAUAAGACUGCUUAUUCUAGUGUCAAACUCUGACUUAUGCUUAGUGUAUGCUCAGUGUGGUGGUAUGUUGCCAGUUCUUCAAUAUUAGAAUGAUCUAUUCAUAGUUGUUAAAACCAAAUGAUGCCAUUGUCGUCAUCUAGUCAGACAUCUAGCAAAUACAGGCCAUAGGACUUCCAUGAAUUCAGUUUAGAAAGCUAUUCAUCUGCUGAGACCUGAAAUUCAGUUAUUUCUCCAGCAACAGUUGAUGACCCAAUAACAACUAAAAGAAAUCAGGGAGCUGCACUGUUUUAGAUUAUUGUGACAUCUUAUGUUGCUGCACAGUAAUCGCGGAAACCUGAAUUGUAGUUUUGGCAUCUAUUUUGUUUUAAAAACAGCUGUAAUAUGUCCUGCAUAAACUGUUAGUAGUUUUGGAGCUCGGGUUACUCUGUUUUAAUCUUUUAUACAACAAAAAAGGGCAUAUGUGCCUUUUACUUUGACUACUUUGUUUUAAUGUUUCUAUGAAAUCUGAAGUGACACACUUAAGAUAUUCUUUUUAUUAUAAUGGAGAGAGAAAAUAGUCAAUAGAUCAUAUAUUCCUUUUUUCUUAGUGAAGUAUUUCUAUGUAAAUAUUACAAUAAUAAGAAUGUUGAUGGACAAGAUGAAAAUUGUACAUAUGUCUUCAUUUUAGGAUUUAAUUGUUGUAAGAUAAUGGCAUCUUUCUAUAAAUAGAUUAAGAGUGUAAAUAAUUUGCUGUGACUGCAAGUAAAGUUUGUCUUUGUAUAGGGUUUGUUCAUUACAUUUUCUGUAAAGACUCAUCAGAAAAUGAGGAUACAAGCAGUAUUGCAACCUGUUAUGAUAUUUAGUGUAUUACUUAAACUUCCACCUCCUGGAGGCAGGUUGUUAGGUGAGAAUCUUAUCUCUCACUUUAAAAAAAAGUUUCCAGUUUGAAAACUGUAAACCCUAAAGGCUCAAACACUAGAAGGCAAAUAAAAAGAAUCCAAAAUUGAUUAUUUUUAAAGUCUCAUUUUUAAGCCCAUCAUGAUUUUUUGGGAGUCUGACUCAUGAUUUUUGAAAGUGUAGGAUUAGUAAUACUGUACAAGUGGAUGCUGGCUAAUCCUGGCCUGCAAAGAUCACAUUUUAGCAUCUGAAAAACUGAGAUGCUUGUUCUGAUUGUAUGCACUCAGCCAGACACACAAGGGAUGUCAGUUGUUGGUUCUGUGUGUGUUCUCUCUGUGUGCUGCACCGGCUCUAGCCAGAUAGCCAAUAUAGCAGACUCUGAUCAGACUGCCCAGGAAGACAACAGACUCAGAUCAGUGGUGAAGGCACUCAGCCAGGUUUAUUGCCAACAAAGCACAAUACUAAUGCCCCGGCUCAAAGUACACUAAUACAUAUAUGCCUGCGACAAUGGACCAGCUCAGUGAGCAGUAGGACUUUCCACUCCCUCUUGGCCAGACAAAGACCCCCCUUCUGUGACCCAUUUCUUAUACACUGAUACAAACAAGUUACGCAUUGCCCCUCUGACGUGGUUAGUUACCACCCUUUACCUUGUAUUUGUUGGUCCAAUCAAAACAUUUCUAUCCAUCACCGUCUCAUCCUGACUUUAUCCAUAGGGAGGGGUCAGUGUGCCCCUGUAUCAUCUUCGGGGAGUGUCUUUACACCAUACCCUUGUAUCGAGGUGUUCUGGCACAAUCUUCUGGAAUGUGUUUGCGUGAAUACUUUAUGCCUUGGAGCGCUUUGUUUUUGCAGUGCCAGGCCUGUUCUUGCCAAGUUCAUGUUUUGGAUAGUGAACCUGCAAGCAGGCAUCUGCUUUAUAACAAGGCCUGACUUUUGCUUGUAGCCUGAUUCUUGCUAACUUUGCUUUAUAUCAGCAGGGCCUGACUUUUGCUCACUUUGGAAAUUGGUUAGCUUUAAUGUUUUUUGACAUAACCAGAUAGUAUAUAUUAUUUUUUGACAUUUUUGAUAUAAUAUUCUUGUAACUAUAUUUCAAUAAUUAAUAAAGGCACAGACAACUUUAUAAAAACCUAAACAAGAAAUUUACAUUUUAUUAAUAUUACGUAUACAUUCAUGUUGAGGUUUCCGCUUACAUUUGUUCCUUUGAAUAAAAAACUUUGUGAUUAAUAAAAGAAAAUUAUUUUUGUUUGCAAUUGCAUUAUUUGUUGAGUCAAAAAUAUAUUGCAUAUAUAUGUAUUAAUGAGGCCUUUUUGAGCUUUUGCAAAAAAAUUGGUUGUUAAUAAUAAUAAUAUGGUUAUAUCUAGGGUCCUACCAAAUUCACGGUCCAUUUUGGUCAAUUUCAUGGUCAUAGGAUUUUAACAGUUAUAAAUUUCAUUUAAAUCUGAAAUUUCGUGGUGUUUUUAAUUGUAGGGAUCCUGACCCAAAAAGGAGUUGUGUGUGGGGGGGGUGUUUUGUGAAAUUAUUGUGAGGGGGCUUGUGGAACUGCUACCCUUACUUCUGUGCUGCUGCUGGUGGCGGCGCUGCUUUCAGAGCUGGGCAGCUGGAGAGAGGCA